GAAGUUUAAACCCGAAAGAACAAAGUAUAAUAGUAAGACGCUUCAAACGUUCACAAAUUGCUUUCCUUCUAUUUGUCUGAUCAUAUAGGAGGAAGAAAUUGUGUUCGUGUUUGUAUAGGUCUUUUUAUAGCUUGAAGCGCUUCUACGUUCGGUUUCUGCUCUGUUUGCCCUUCUGAAAAGCUGCGCGUAGGGAAGAGCCUUCUUUUUGGUAUUUUGAUCUCAAAGAAGGCUCUUGCCUUGGAUUGGAGGUGGUUGUUGUUGUUCGGUUUUCAUUGGAAGAUGUUCCGAUUAUGGAUAGCUUGUCUGCAAUUGGUGGAGCUGUUUGUCAGCACCAUGGUUCAUUUGCUUUACGGGUUUUACAUUUUCAGCACCGCCGUUGCCGGAGAUCUCUCGCAGGCUCUCAAUGAAUAUUUCUCUAAAUCCAAUACGAAUAUUGAGGUCUCCGUGAAAGAACCAGCUCCUGGAAAUACCAAUGCUGGUGAUAUUCCUCCCAUUGUGUUAGUUCAUGGAAUUUUCGGAUUUGGCAAAGGGAGAUUGGGUGGUUUAUCAUACUUUGCGGGGGCGGAGAAGAAGGAUGAAAGGGUUCUCGUCCCUGAUCUGGGGUCUCUAACCAGUAUCUAUGAUCGGGCUCGCGACUUGUUCUAUUAUUUGAAAGGUGGGCAAGUCGAUUACGGUGAAGAGCACAGCAAGGCUUACGGACACUCGCAGUUUGGACGAAUCUAUGAACGAGGGCAAUACCCAGAGUGGGACGAGGAUCACCCUAUUCACUUUGUGGGCCAUUCAGCUGGAGCACAAGUUGUUCGUGUCUUACAACAAAUGCUUGCUGACAAGGCAUUCAAGGGGUACGAAAACACUUCAGAGAACUGGGUGUUAAGUAUAACAUCCUUAUCAGGAGCAUUCAAUGGGACUACAAGAACCUACUAUGAUGGCAUGCAGCCAGAAGAUGGAAGAACAAUGAAGCCUGUCUCUCUGCUACAGCUUUGCCGCAUUGGAGUGAUAAUCUAUGAUUGGCUGGACAUUCCCUGGCUGAAGAACUAUUACAACUUUGGGUUUGAUCACUUUAACAUGUCGAGGAGAAAGAUGGGAAUUUGGGGUCUUGUUGAGUGCCUGCUAGGGUAUGCAGGUCCGUUUGCUUCAGAGGAUUGGAUUCUGCCGGAUCUUACAAUUCAAGGCUCUAUAAAACUCAAUUACCGCCUACAUACAUUUCCAAAUACCUAUUACUUCAGUUAUGCCACCAAGCAAACCAGGAAGUUCUUGGGUUUCACAGUUCCUUCAAGCAUACUUGGAAUUCACCCUAUGCUUUUCUUAAGAGUCUUCCAGAUGAGCCAGUGGCGUCAUCCUUCAGAUGCCACUCCUCCUUACAAAGGAUACAGGGAUGAGGAUUGGCAGGACAAUGACGGAGCACUUAACACAAUAUCCAUGACUUAUCCUCGCCUCCCAAUCGAACACCGACAUCGUUUCAUCGAGAAGGAUUCAGAUUGCCAACCAUUGGAACCUGGUAUCUGGUAUUACAAGAUGGUGGAAGGCGAUCACAUCCUAUUUAUAGUGAAUAGGGAGAGAGCAGGAGUCAAAUUUGAUCUAUUAUAUGAUAGUAUAUUUGAAAGGUGCAGGAAGCACGUUUUCAAGAAGAAGCUUCCAACAAUACCUAAUGAAAUCCAGCAUAGACAUAGCUCUUAGAAUCUGAUUCUCUCACUCUUGUCUACAAUUCAGAGAGGAAUAUGAAAUUAAAUAUGCCAUUCAUUGGAUUGCCUUUCAAUAUCUCUUCACACUUGUAAAUGUAGAUGAGUGGUUCUUUGACCAUUCCUUUUUUCAACUACAGAUUUUCGUAAUUUGUAGGUUUGUGGGAGAUAUAAGAGAUUUAGUGGAUAAGUUGUCACAAAUGUAUAAGUAUCAUUCUUUUAUUAAAUCGAACAAAAAAUUUAACGAUUUA